GAAGGCAGUUAUUCGAACAGCAGGUAUGCCAAAGAUAUCGGUGAACGGAAGCAAAACGACAGCGAAAGAAGGCAAACACUUUUACGACAAUGAGAUAUUGGCAGACUUUCAAGCUCGGCAAAAGGCCAUACUUAGGGAAAAAGAGUCCGUGCCAGCCGAUGUUCCGAAGCAUGUUGGUAUGCGGACGAUUAAUCCGAAGUCUAACGUUGGAAAGUAUUUCGUGGAGUUCGCGAGUGUCUCGACGAUACACGGAUUAAAUCACUUGGUUGCUCCAAAUCGACAUCCUGUGGAAAAAUUUUUAGCUGUACUUUUCAUCCUGGGUGCUCUGAUGUGUUUAAUGUUACUGUCCUCCAUUUUCUGGGAUCGGUACCAGAACAAUGCUACGGUGAUCGUGGUAGAUAACAAUCCUGAACAGUUCGCAAUUCCUAAGCCAUCUCUGGUCAUUUGUCCAGUACCCAACAUAGAGCCAGCGAAGAUACCAAGUGUAUUUCAAAAAUACGGAAUCGACAACACUGCGGAAGCGGUGGAGUUCUUCACUUUUCUGGCGAACGUCGAUUACAAGAACAUGCUGGAGACUCCUCUGUUCGACAAGGUAUCACCGGACAAAUGGUUAAGCAUUCUUCACGACCUGCGAAAAGACAUUCCUCCUAAUAUACUGAGGGAAAAUGACCGGUACGAGAUGUGGGUUGUAACGGAAAGGGGCUUGUGUUUAGCUACCAGAAGCUACAAUGGAUACUUCUCGACCAUGAACUUUUGGAAGUCUAACGACAGCAGCGUUAAGAUACCACCUAUAGUAGUAGACACUUACGACUAUAGUGCUGAUGGGACCCAACAGUCUUUUGCAAUAAAUAGCGCAGCCAUAUGGAGCCUCUGUGAUCCUUUCGAGGUGGUGGCAUACGGCACCCCGAUAAAAUUGUUGCAGCGAACAGUAGUGCAACGCUCAACUUUAUCGAUAUUUGAGAUCAAGACAAAGACAAAUCUCACUCAUCUAAGCGUCCAUCAACGGAAGUGCAAAUUCCAGGCUGAUGGUGGCUUAGAAACGUGGCCAGUGUACACGCCAAACAUGUGUACAAUCGAAUGCAGGAUGAAAAUGAUAGAGAAGUAUUGCCACUGUCGCCCGCACUUCGCCAGACCUUACGGUAUUCGAUUUACUAUUACAAUUUCUGAGAACGUGAAGGAAGAACGUUUUACAGGAGGUGCGAAAACUUGUAACGCUACGCAACUUCGAUGCAUUGGCGGGAUAACGAAGCAUCUUUUUCUGCACGAAUAUGCACCUCAUUCUUGUGGCUGCCUUCCGAAAUGCACGGCGGUUUUCUAUCAGAUAACAGACAGCGAAAAGAGCGAAGGAAUCUCAGGACCGAUAGAGACGUCCAUUGUGUCUUUGGAAAUCGAAUUUCCUCAGGCAAUUUAUAAUCGAGUGCCGUUCUACGGAUUUACGGACUUUUUGACUAGCGUCGGAGGAGCCGCUGGGUUGUUUCUAGGAGCUAGCGUGUUAUCUUUCGUUGAAAUCGUUUAUUACGCUACGUUUCGCAUUUGUUGCUAUGUAGGUCAAAUGAAAAGUGCACAGAAAAAGGAUAAGGUGAUUUUACCUUAAUACCUCCACCUAUUGUACAAGGAA